UAAGCUCUAAUUCAAUUUCCACUUCGGACUCUGCAUUCGCAAUUCCGGACUAGAGAAAACGCGACAUCAAAUCAUGGCCAGGGAAGACGCCCUCUAGAGACGAGGAAUCGCUUACAGAGAAGAUGACCAGAGUAAACUCUGUAACGUCGAAUCCUUCCAAAGUUUCCGCGACACCGAAUCCUAUCUCUCUGUUCUAGACUAGAGAAGGCGACGCAGCUAAGUAAGGUCUCCCGCCGCGAAUUUAGGCGGUUGAAGUUAGAGGGCGAAGUGAAACUUGGUGUAUUCUUGGUUUUGUUCGUUGGUUUUUCUUGUUAAAAUGGAGGAACCAAAGCAUAAGUUGUCUAAGCGCCCAGACACUGAAAAGGAGGUGGAGGAGCCUCGGCGGAAGAGCCACCAUGACCGGGAUGAUUACCACGGCCAUGAAAAAGAGAGGAAUGGGGAGAGGCACAAGGAUAGAGACAGGAAACACUACCGUGAUAAGGAUUCCCAUGGUAAGGAGAAAAAUGUUGAGGAAAAGUAUAGGGAGAGAGACAGGGAUAGGGAGAAGGAGAAGCACAAAGAUAAACAUAAUGAGAAAGAGCUGGAAAAGAGCUGCAGAGACAAGGCUGCUAAAGAUAGUGAAAAGGAUAGGUCUGACCGAGAGGGUGCCAGAAAAAAGAAAGAUAGAGAGAGGGAUCCUGAAAGAGAGAAUGAGAAGGUCAGGGAUCAUGAAAGAGAGAAAGAAAAGGUCAGGGAUCUUGAGCAAGAGAAAGAAAAGCAGAGGUACCGGGAAAAGGAGAGCGAGAAGGAGAGGGAUCGGGAGAUAGGGAAAGAAAGGGAGAAGGAAUGUGAAAGAGAAAGGGAGAGAAACAAAGAAAAGGAGUGGAAUCGGGAACGAGAGAGGAGAGAGAGAGAUAAGAGGGACAUAAAUAGGGACGAGAGAAAAAAGAACAUGGAGAAGAGACUUAGAGAAAAAGAGAAGAGCCACAGUUAUAGCAGUGACGAUGAUAAUCAUUUUGGUGCUGAUGUAAGAGAUCGUGAUAGAAAGAGGAGGAUUGAGCAUGAUCACAAAAGCAGGGAUCCCGAAAGAAGCAAGAAAUCUAAGAAGCUCAUUGAAGAAAGUGAAGAUGGUAACCCACCGAAAAGAAGUGAAGGAUCACUAGAAAAGAAACAGAAAAAUCUAGAAGAAGAACAAGUUGAGGAACACAGGAAACUGGAAGAUGAGAUGGAGAAACGAAGAAGGAGAGUUCAAGAGUGGCAAGAGUUGAGAAGAAAAAAGGAGGAGUCAGAUAGAGAAAAGCUUGGAGUUGGAGUUGUAGCAAUUACUGAAGAACCUAAGUCAGGCAAGACAUGGACAUUGGAAGGAGAUUCAGAUGAUGAAGAUGCUGCAUGUGAGGAAAGACAAGGAGUUGAUAUGGAUGUAGAUGGACCUGCUAAGCAUUUGGAUGGAGAUGGAGGUGCCCUAGUCACUAAUGAUGUAUCUGAUUUAAAAGUUGCGCAGAAUGGAGGUAGUGCUAUGGAUGAUGAAGAUAUAGAUCCUCUAGAUGCAUACAUGAAUGGUAUUGUGUUGCCCGAAGUUGAAAAGCUUAACACUGUUGCAACUUCAUUUGAAGGUAUGGAGCGUGGUGUAGAAGUUGAAAAUGUCAUGAGCAACAAAGAGAAGGGCAUGAGAAAAGCAACAGGAAGAAUCAUACCUGGUGAAAAUUCUGAUUCAGAUCUUGAUGAAGUUAAGAAUGAUGAAGAUCAUUUAGAGGAUGAAGAUGAUGAAGAAUUUAUGAAACGCGUGAAGAAGACCAAGGCUGAGAAACUUUCUAUUGUUGACCACUCAAAAAUUGAUUAUCCUUCUUUUAGAAAGAACUUUUAUAUUGAAGUGAGGGAAAUUUCAAGAAUGACAUCAGAAGAGGUGGCCAACUAUAGAAAGCAAUUGGAGUUGAAGAUUCAUGGAAAGGAUAUACCAAAGCCAGUUAAAACAUGGUAUCAGACUGGAUUGUCCACUAAGAUAUUGGAUACAAUAAAGAAACUUAAUUAUGAAAGGCCAAUGCCAAUCCAGGUUCAGUCUUUGCCAGUAAUCAUGAGCGGUCGAGAUUGUAUUGGUAUCGCAAAGACGGGUUCUGGAAAGACGUUAGCUUUUGUGUUGCCAAUGUUGAGACAUAUUAAGGAUCAGCCACCACUUGCUCCCNAUAGUGAUAUAAGAAAGUUUUCGAAGGUUGUAGGUCUUAGCUGUGUUCCUGUGUAUGGAGGUUCAGGUGUUGCUCAGCAAAUUAGCGAGUUGAAACGAGGAGCGGAGAUUGUUGUUUGUACUCCAGGCAGGAUGAUUGACAUUCUUUGUACUAGUGGGGGAAAAAUAACAAAUCUACGAAGAGUCACAUAUUUGGUCAUGGAUGAAGCUGACCGAAUGUUUGAUAUGGGCUUUGAACCUCAGAUAACAAGAAUUGUUCAAAAUACUCGCCCAGACCGCCAAACUGUAUUGUUUUCUGCUACUUUUCCUCGUCAGGUUGAGGCGUUGGCGCGUAAAGUGUUGAACAAACCUGUUGAGAUUCAGGUUGGUGGAAGGAGUGUCGUGAACAAAGAUAUAACCCAAUUAGUUGAGGUGAGGCCAGAGGGUGAAAGGUUCUUUAGACUGUUGGAAAUACUUGGAGAAUGGUCCGAGAUAGGGAAAAUUCUGAUAUUUGUCCACACUCAGGAUAAAUGUGAUGCUUUAUUUAAGGACUUGUUAAAGCACGGGUACCCUUGCCUUUCACUUCAUGGUGCAAAAGAUCAGACUGAUCGUGAGUCCACUAUUGCAGAUUUUAAAAGUAAUGUAUGUCACAUUUUGAUUGCAACUAGUAUUGCUGCUAGAGGUUUAGAUGUAAAGGAGCUUGAGUUGGUGAUAAACUAUGAUGCUCCGAACCAUUAUGAAGACUAUGUUCAUCGUGUUGGACGGACUGGGAGAGCUGGUAGAAAGGGCUGCGCUAUCACAUUUAUAUCUGAUGAAGAUGCAAGAUAUGCACCAGAUCUCGUAAAGGCUUUAGAACUCUCUGAGCAACUUGUUCCUGAUGACCUGAAAAAACUUGCUGAGGGUUUCAUGGCAAAGGUUAAUCAGGGACUUGAACAGGCUCAUGGUACUGGUUAUGGAGGCAGUGGCUUUAAAUUUAAUGAAGAGGAGGAUGAAGUGAGGAAAGCCGCAAAGAAAGCUCAAGCUAAAGAGUAUGGAUUUGAGGAAGACAAAUCGGAUUCGGAGGAUGAGGAUGAUGGAAUCAGAAAGACAGGAGGUGAUGUCUCUCAGCAGGUGGCAGUGGCAGCUGCUCUUGCUGCUGCUGCUGCCAAAGCCAAUGUACCUCAAAUUGUUCCAGUCCCACCUACUCAGCUGCAGCCUCAUACUGGAUUACCCGGUCCUCUUGGCAAUAUUCUUAUUCAAGGAAAUGGACUGCUAAUGGCCCCUAAUGAUAGGUCUGCCACAACAGCUGCAAUUCUCGCGGCUAAGAAUUUGCAGCAGAACUUGGCCAAGAUUCAGAAUGAGGCCAUUCCCGAGCAUUUUGAAGCGGAGUUGGAAAUAAAUGAUUUCCCCCAAAAUGCUCGGUGGAAGGUGACACACAAAGAGACCUUGGGUCCUAUAUCAGAAUGGACAGGGGCUGCGAUCACGACCAGAGGUUUACAUAUCCCACUUGGAAAGUCACCGGGACCAGGGGAAAGAAAACUCUACUUGUUCAUUGAGGGUCCCACAGAACAAUCUGUCAAGAGGGCCAAAGUUGAGUUGAAACGUGUUUUGGAGGACAUAACCAUGCAAGCAACAUCACUUCCAGGCUCUGCUCAGCCAGGGCGGUACUCAGUUGUGUAAGUUGAUUUCCCCUUAAGUGGACUUUGGUUGCUGCUGCUAAUUUUUGCAUUUGGUCAAUUUACACCCAGGGGUGAGAAAAAAAACUGCUCCUAAUUUUUGCAUUGACGCUGUGGAUUUUGGAGGUAGGAAAGCUCUUGUAGGCCACAAUGUUUAUAAUUUGUUGUUGCACACUUGUUUUUUGGCCUGCCUGCCAAUCCCCUUCCGUUGCUGACUUUUGUAGUAUUAUGUUGGGUAGCCUUUCUUUAUACUACGUAUUUGUAAUACAAUAGUAUUGCUCAA